AAAUAGUCAAUCGGGCGACCAGAGUGACAGCAUUAGCCCCUCAGUCAACAAACCAGCAGCAGCAGCAGCAGCAACAUGUUCAAGCUCCUCCUUGUCGUCGCCCUUUUCGGAUGUGCCGCCUUGGCCGCCCCCCUGAACGAUGAUGUCAUCACCAAGUUCCUGGCCAACCAGGACACCGAUGGCACCUACGCCUACGACAUCCAGCAGGCCAGUGGCCUCCAGAUCCAGGAGGAGGGUCAGGCUGGGCACUAUGCCCGCGGAUCCUACAGCUACACCUCCCCCGAGGGAGUGCCCGUCCAGGUGGUGUACACCGCCGACGAGAACGGCUUCCAUCCCCAGUCCGAUCUGCUGCCCACUCCCCCACCAAUCCCAGAGGAGAUCCUGCGCUCCAUCCGCUUCAUCCAGGAGCACCCAACCCCCGAGGAGCUGGCCGAUCGCGCUGUCCGUGCCCAGCAGAUCUAAACCAGGAUCACGAAUCACGAACCACUAGCCUUAAGUUAGCCAAAGAUGUGCUCAUCCAUUCCACCAGAUUAAAAGAACAGCAUCCAGCAUCCGCUGGUGUUAAUUCCACUUA